AUGUCAUUCGUUGCAUGUGUGGCUGUCAUUUUAUUGUUUCAAUACCUCGUAUCGGCUCGACACGAUGACGUAGCCUUUAAUAAUGUGGCACGUCGAGAAGACUUGCAUUUGCAACGUAAAGUCCAGCAUUUGGGCACGGGGGCGAUGAUUUACGUGGCUUUGAAGUUUAUUGACCGAUGGACAGGCGCUUCUGUGCUGCUGCUGUUUGCACUGUUGUUCUAUGGAUUGCACAAAGUGAGAGGCCGUAGCAACACUGUCAAUGCUGCUUAUAUCAAGUGGUUUAGUAGUAUCUUACGCCAGCAUGAGGUCUCAAGAUCAGCCUUACCGGGUGCCUACUACUUUUUACUUGGUUCGGGCUUUUCACUCGCAGUAUUUUCACUACGAGCUGCACGACUUGCUAUUCUUCAUUUGUCAGUCGGAGAUCCUGCUGCGGCGUUCUUUGGAACGUUGUAUGGUCGGCACAAGCUAGUGACGUUGUUCGGGAAGCUUGGUGGUAACAAGUCUCUGGAAGGAUCAGUUGGAUGUUUCUGUGUUACAGCCAUAUCUACGUUUGCGGCGUUGAUGGUAGAGCAGGACUUCUAUUUCGACAUGACAGGUAAGGAGGACGUUGCAGCUGUAGCUGGCACGGUCUCACUGGCUGCAGGACUUGGUGCAGCAGUCGCGGAGCUGCUGGACCUUGGCGGAUGGGACGAUAAUUUGACCCUUCCGCUGUUGUCAGGGAUGUUCUUGCAGUCCACCGUUGGACAUCUUCUCUAA